AUGCGUGCCCUGCCGACUCCUCCGAUGGACGUGUUCGGGAUCGUGUACAUCAUCGAGAAUGCACAGCAAUUUUGGUCCGAACUGGAGGACAUUCUGCACAUCCCGGAUGGCACGACCCUGUCGCAGCUGGACGCCACCAUGAGACGGUUCGUCUCUUUUUGCGCCGCGUACCACGAGCAAUACCUGCAGAGCCCGCUGCAGCUAGAACACGCGUGUGAUCUCCUUUUGGCGUCGGAGCUGCUCACGUUCCAUUCCGAGCGGAUGUGCGAGCUUCUAGUAGACGAUGCCCAGUCGAGCACGGACCCGCACUGUCAGCUGAUCCUGUACAACAUUCUGCUCUCCUACGGCGGGAAGAAGCCAGUUUUUUUGCGGUCGCAGAAGCGGUGGCAGCCGCUGCUCCCACUCUUGAUGGACAACGUCCGGGUGGACAUGGAUCCAGACGUGGACGACUCGUUCACGGGCUCCACGUUGGGCACGAGCUCGGGCGCCUCGCGUGCCCUCGCGGUGCCGAUUGAGGCGAAGCUGCGCUCGCUCUCUGUGCGGCUCCUGUACGAGGUGUGCCGGGUGCAGCGGUUGUCGCUGCAGGAACUGCGAAUAUUCGACGACUCGUUCAUUGACUAUUUGUUUGAGCUCGUGGAGCAGACGCGCGGGAACCAUGAUGACACGUUUAAUUACUCCGUCAUCAAGCUCAUCGUCGCGCUCAAUGAGCAGUUCAUGGUGGCGUCGCUACAUCCACAAUCUGCAUCGUCGGAUACCAAGCCGCAGGAGGGCAAGCGGAAGCUCGAGGGCGAGAAUCGCGUGCUGCGGACGCUGAUGUCGCGGCAAGGCUCGAGCAUGACGUUCGGUGAAAACAUGAUCUUCAUGCUAAAUCGCGCAGAUAGGACGCCAGAGGACUUGUGCAUGCAGCUGCUCGUGCUCAAGAUCCUGUACCUCCUGUUCACGACGAAAGGCAUGGCGGAGUAUUUCUACACGAACGACCUGUGCGUGCUCGUGGACGUCUUCCUCCGCGAGAUCGGCAACAUCGACGAGGACAACGAGUCGCUGCGGCACACGUACCUCCGCGUGCUGCACCCGCUGCUCACGAAGACGCAGCUGCGCACGAUGCCGUACAAGCGCGCACAGAUCGUGCGCACGCUCGAGUCGCUCACCGCGCACGAGUCCAUCCGUGACGUGGACCCCACGACGAAGCGCCUUGUCGCGCGCUGCCUCUCGGGCGAGUGGUGCGUCCAGUUCCGCAAGGCGUGCGCGGAGGCGCGCCGGGACAGCACGUCCGAGGAGGGCCUCCACCGGCCCACCGCCAGUCCGACCUAUACCACGCUCUCUGCCCCGCAUAGCAGCAGCGCGUUCACGGAUCCGCCGGCGUUGUCGAGAGAGCGGACGGGAUCGAUUAGAGGGCGCAACCUGAAGGCGAGCCGCAGUGCGGAGCACCUGAACAAUCAGGGGAAUGCUCAGGCGAGGGCGCCGGCGCCGGCGAAACCGCCCGCGCGCGGUUUGCACUUGGAGGCUGUGCGACAUACGAGCAACGACAGCUCGAUGAGCUACCCCCGGGUGGCAACUGCAAGUCCACCGAACUCCACGCGACGACGAGACCGUGCGGGCUCUGUCGAGGUGGACCCUGCGCACGACCGACGGCCGUACAUCAUGACGGACACCACGGUGCUCACUCAGGAGCCGAACGAGGAAGGCUAUCCUGCGAUCCAGAUUAUAUCUCCCGCCAGUCCCCCCGAGCCGGAUUCACCGAUGUCGACGCUGUCGUACUCGUCAUCGACUGCGGUACACACUCUCGCGCAUUCGCACGCGCAUGUACAUCCAAUUCCGCACAAUAAGCCUGCGGCGGCUACGCAGCCGCGCAGACUCGCGCCAGCACCGCCUAAGCGGCGGAAGCCACCUGCGGUGCCCGCGCGGACGAAUGGCGGUACGCUGUUUACGACGAUCGCGGCGUCGACGUCGCAGCCGUCGUUGUUGACUCGUCGGUAG